UCUAUAUCUUCUUUUUCUUCCUGUUUUUCAUCAUGUUAGCUUCUAUAUCAGCAACAACCAUUAAUCCUCGUCAAAAUAAUAUUCCUCUAAUUCAGUCCGUCAAGAAAAACCGUAAUGUAACAUCACUUCGUAUAUAUGCCCGUCAAGCGGCAUUAGUAGCCGAGCCACCAAGUCCCCACAAAACACAAAAUCGCACUGCUCGUCUGGCUGAAUCGUUGUUAAACUUUGUUCAUCUUCAUUUCGAUGCUCCGACUAAUAAUAGUUCGUACGCCGGACACGGUCGAGAAAUAGUUGAUCGUCGACAUAAAAUGGCUGAUCCGGAAGCUCCUAUAAUGUCCCCUAAAGAGGAUAUAUCAGCAAAAUGGAACGAAAUCCAUACGAGUGAUCGCUAUGAGAAUUUGUUGAGCCCUCUCCAACCUUGGCUAAGACGAGAAAUCGUUAAAUAUGGCGAGUUUGCUCAAGCUACAUACGACGCGUUCGACUUCGAUUCAUUCUCGGAGUAUUGCGGGAGUUGUAGGUAUAACCGUCAAAAGCUUUUUGAGAAACUUGGACUUAGCAAGAACGGAUACGAAAUUACAAAGUACAUAUAUGCCAUGUCGCAUGUAGAUGUUCCUCGAUGGCUCGAAAGAUCUCAUUUAGUAGAUACAUCAUGGAGUAAAGAUUCGAACUGGAUGGGGUACAUCGCAGUUAGCGAUAACGAAGAAACAAAACGCUUAGGCCGGCGAGACAUUGUUGUUGCGUGGCGUGGAACUGUCGCACCUACGGAAUGGUUCGAGGAUUUACAGAAUAAAUUAGAACCGAUCGACGAAUCGGGAGGUGAAGUGAAAGUUGAGCAUGGAUUUCGUCAUAUAUACACGUCCAAGAGUGAAACUACUAGGUAUAACAAGCUCAGUGCAUCUCAGCAGGUGAUGAAUGAAGUAAAAAGGCUUGUAAAAUUGUACAGAGAAAAAGGUGAAGCAGUUAGCCUUACAAUCACCGGACACAGCCUUGGAGGAGCUUUGGCACUACUCAACGCUUACGAAGCCGCCGAAACAAUCUCUGGUCUUCCGAUAAGUGUCAUCUCAUUCGGUGCUCCUCGAGUUGGGAAUGUGGCAUUCAGAGAUAAAUUACAUAAGAUGGGUGUCAGAACAUUGCGAGUGGUGGUUAAACAAGAUUUAGUUCCUAAAGCCCCGGGAAUCAUGCUAAAUGAGAGUAUUAAGAAAUUUGAAGAGAUUACAGGGAACUUAGAUUGGGUUUAUACCCAUGUAGGAGCUGAAAUCAAAGUCGAUGUUCGAUCAUCUCCAUAUCUAAAACGUAAAUUCGAUCUGUUAGGAUUUCAUAGUCUAGAGACAUACCUUCAUCUUGUGGAUGGGUUGGUUAGUUCAGAAUCAAGUUUUCGAGAACAUGCUAAGAGGGAUGUGGCAUUAGUUAACAAAGCUUGUGGAAUGUUAGUAGAUGAACUAAGAAUUCCAGAAAAUUGGUAUCAGUUGGAGCAUAAAGGACUUGUAAAGAAUCCUUAUGGUAGAUGGGUAAAACCAACUAGAGAUUCCGAAGAUGUACCCUCCUUGCAUCACAUAAAUGAAACUCCAUGUCCUCCAUGUUUGGAUUGAAAUAUGUAAAUGUUAAUAUUGUAAUUGUAUAUACUAUGUAUAAAGCAUUGGAGUAUGUAAAUGUUAAUAUUGUAAUUGUAUAUACUAUGUAUAAAGUAUUGGAGAAAAUGAGUUUUUAAUGUUUUGAUUUUAUGGUCUUGGUGGGAAUGGAACUUAGGACCUUUGGGUCUCUAAGAGCUCUUACUUAUUUUCUAUGAGUGAAUGAAAUAGGUCUUUUAGUCCCACAUUGGGUAUUACUAAAGAGGAGAUCCACUAUAUAGCUAUUUCUUUAUGGAUUGUAAUAGAAUCUAGGAAAUGUGUUGUAACUAAGGGUAAAGAUUAUGUCGGACAGG